UACACCGGACAGGUGACAUCACACUUAUCAAGAAAAUUAUUACCUGUAGCAGUAGGGCUCUUCCUCUAUAUCUGACAUGUGGGUAAGAGAAAUCGUUUCUCUCGUCUUCUUGUUAUAUUUAAUGGUGAUCGAACAAAGCCCUCACUUGACAGCGCCUUGCUCAGUGUACACUUCAUUUCUGUCUUGCUCGUGCUGCUGAAGGUCAUUGACGGGUCAUUUUAAGGCCAUCCUACCAAGAUCAUGCCUGUCACUGGUAAAAAGAACGUGUCCGCAAUAAUCAUUUCCACUGUGAUGCUUAGUGUCUUCACAGUUUUCUACUGUACCUCUAUUACUGGGGAACGUGGAAAGAUAUUUCAAAGGUUGAAUCAGGAGGACAUCAGCGAUUCUAAGUUGGCAGGUCUUCGUGUUACCAUGGAGACUGCGUCAGCAUCAGGUGUGAAAAUCUACAGGACAGACAACUACAGCUGCUCUCAUCUUCUACCGUUCCGCUUGUCUGACGGGACACUUGCUAAGAUUUGCACCUAUGACCCCGACGUUGACUACAUCGCGAUUCGAAUUAAAGAAUCGCAAGCUUUUGAGGAUAACCUCGUCACCGACAUCAUGCUGGCCCUUCGUUCAGCGGAAAAGAAGCUGCUGAGCACAGUUCAGCCAAGCAGCAAAGAUGACCAACAGAACGUGACGUUGGUGGACCUGGGGUCAAACAUCGGGGUCUUCACCCUGACAGCAGCGAUGGCGGGGUACGAGGUGCUGGCUGUCGACGCCAUGCGAGAGACUUUGCAGCUGAUGGUGACUUCCUUGCACCUAGCGGGUGUGACGUCACGCGUAACCGUCCUCCACAACGCUGUUUCUGACGUCAGAGGGGUCGUCCAAAUAAAAGUCGACCGCCAAAAUAUGGGGGCCUCGAUGGUCAACCAAGAAAAGAACACCGGCCAAAAUGACAGAGGAGACGACAAUGUUACCGCUGUCUUUCUGAGCGACCUCAUCCCCUACGUCAGGUCCCGCCAUGUUGUCGUCAAAAUGGACAUCGAGGGCUUUGAGGAGAGGGCGCUGUGGUCUGCCGGCGAGUUCUUCGAGAAGAUCGAUGUUUAUUCCGUUCUGAUGGAGUGGAGCUUUCACCGGGGGGAAAGCGGACCUCCCAUCAUCCGAUUCAUGUCAUUAAGGGGCAUGCUACCUUAUUCUGAUGCCAACAAGAGUCAAGCUCUGGAUCCAAAUUUCUAUAGUUCUUGGCCGGGCAACGUCGUUUUUAUUAGAUGACUUGCUUUAUUAGUCUUAAACUGUUUAAAGCGCAUGCAUGUAUUUCAUCACAAUGGUGUACUGCCUGAAUUGUCUGCUGAUUUCUUUUUUUUUUUUUUUUUUUUUGUCAGUUUCUUCCUAAAAGUGUUUUUAUUUUGCUAAAGAGUCUAUUUGCCGGUCGGUCAAUCCUUGUUUGCAUAUCUGUUUAAUUGAGUUUUUGUGAGCUCUAAAUUGUCAACUUGCGCUAAUGUACAAAGCUAAAAGCAUGAAAACGCUCAGAUAACUGGAAACUAUAAAGAUCUAUUGUACUGAACAGGGAUAUCAUAAUGAACAAUGUAGUGCUAGUCUAGAGUAACAUCUGCGUAUUCUAUCCUUGUUCCGCUGGGGAAGAAUGAAAGACGACCUGCGUCUGAGUACAGCGAACGCUUCCCUUAUCAUCACUGUUCUUCGACAUACUGAGUUUUAUGUCCAGCCCAAGGCGCAGUUUGGGUCAAAGAGUUUGACAUUUUCUGCCGAUUUUGUCUCGUAAAACGCUUGGCCUGCGUACAUUAAAACGAGGAUCUGCUUUUGCUUUUAACCAUCGACAGCUGCUGACUGAACGGUUACCUCAGUGUACCCAAUGUGCAGACCUUGCACUUUCAUGUCAAGAGUGGUUCAUUGCGGCAAGCUGUUGAGUCUCUAUCGAAUCCUGGUGGGCAGUAAAUUUUUUCUCGGGGGACAUUUACCAGAGAGAAUUAACAGUCUUGAAACUGUUACGAAGUCACUAAGACAGAUUUUUAUCUAUCACAACCUUUUUUUUUUCAGUUCAGCCGAAUACAUUUAUUCAGACUCGCAUGUCAUUUAGAUUCUGCGGUGAACACAUGAGAUUUUGAAAGAAGGCAGGAGAGUGCAGAAUCUUGCAUUCAAUAAAAAUUUGCUUUUAAAUCUCUUUUCACUUUCUCUUAAAAUAUAUAACACGGUCACAUAUACACAUUCACACACAUAAACAACUUGCCAUUCCCUCUCCCUCCACAUACACACAUAAAAAUUGUUUCCCUUUGACGGUGUGAGUAUUCAAAGGGAGAUAGCUCCGUUUGACUUUUUCCUAAAGAAACUAUCUCCCCUUACUUGUUACGUGCACAUUUGUCUUAAAAAGUAGUCGUCUUAUAGCUUUUUCAUCAUAAUUUUUUUUUUACGAUUAUGAAUUAAUCAAUUUAAUUGCUGUCAUUUUGGGGUCUAUAACAAUUUCUGGAGUUAAGAAGCAAUUAUAACUUUCGAAGCAACAAUUGUUUCGAUGUCUGUUCGUCUGUCUCCGUCAUGUGCUUCCCAGCUGUUCGCCUUGUUCCUAUUGAUGAUAGCAUUUAUUGCAUGUCAGUGACAAGCAUAACUUAAAAAUUCCAUAUGGUACAUUACAAUAAUAAUACUACCUGCCAAUGGAAGGUAUUACACGCCAAUAGCGGGAUAAAUGCCAGUGAGUGGUGUUACAUGCAAAUAAAAAUGUGGCAACAAA